ACAAAACAACAGCAACAACAAAAAAUAAACAAAUUUAAAAACUUUGGCAAGGAUUCCUUUUUUUUCUCGUUAGGAAAUGCGCACAGCUGAGAGCUUUUGUUGUUUUGUUUGGGGACAACAACAUCGAUUUUGUAUUGAAAUGUGAAAAAGUAUAAUAAAUACAAGCAACCCUGUAAUAAUGAGCACAGUCUAGAGUUUUACUUGUUAUUGGAGAUUAUGAAUCAUAGACAACAAAAAUUUUAACAAAAAAAAAGAAAAGAAAUAAAUUUUUAUUAUGACUAAAAACUUUAUAUAAAAAAAGAAAAAAAUUGUUUAACUAAAAGAAAAUUAUUAUUAUCAAUUACUAAAAAUAUAUUUUAUAUUAUAAGACGUAAACAAAAAAUUUUAUAAAACUACAAAGUGUUUCAAUUAAAUUUUAACUAAAAUUUAACAAAUUUUCAUUAAAAAACAAACAAACAGUUCAUAUCUAUACAUAAGAAAAAAUAUUUUUUUAAAACUUUAAGAUCUCUAAAUUAUGUCUAAAUAACUGAAUUUUGUCGUGAAAGCAAAAGAAAAAACAAACUUUUUUAAACAAAUAAAUCUAAGACUUUAAUGUACAAAAGAAAGACCUAAACCCCGAAGACAAAAUAUUUAGAAGCAAAAACAAAACAAGAAAGAAGAAGAAUAAUAAUUGCGGUUUGAAAAUGGCACCAUUUAAAUUAAAAUUUCGCAUGGGUAGUUCCCGUAGCACAUCACAAGAACAUGAACCGGAUCCUCAGGUAAAUGAGGCCUUAUUAAAUCAUCAAACUUUUGGUGGCAUUGGAGCAAGUUCAUCAACCAUAGAUUCGGUGGAUUGCAAUAGUUUGGUCUCACUCAAUACCAGUGAACGCAAACUAUUGUUGCCCAACAAAAGCAACAAUCUUAAAAUGGGGUUCAUAAAUCAAAAUCAAGCCAAACAAGGAGAAAAUAUACCCAGUACACCACCUCCAACAUAUGAAUGUGUUUUGGAAGAGCAACGACAAUUAGCCAACGCCACAGCUUCAAGAAAUGAUAAUGAUGAUAUUAACGAUCAAUUAAACUCUUGUUUAGAGCAAUUAAGUCUCAACGAAUUACCCUGUACGGAUCCAAAUUGUCGCGAAAACUAUAAUACGAAUAAUAAUAACAACAACAACGAAACACCUAACACGAAUCAAUUACAACAGCAACAACAACUUCAAAACGAACAACAACAGCAACUACACGAAGAUCUUAUCACUGAUCCGAACGAUACAACAUUAGAGAACGUUGAAAAUCCGGUUAACGAAGACGAUCGCAAAGAAUCAAUAGAUUCUCAGGAAUUUUUACUCGGUGAAAAUAUGACAGAUUCAUCAUCAGAUCAGGAGCGAGAACAACUUGAGAAUAGUUGUUCGGGCAAUUGUCAACAGUACAGUUCGGAUGGUCAACAAUACAAUACAGAUUGUCAACAGUAUAAUAAUGAUGGUACGGCUUCGUGUUCGGGCGGUCAGGGUGAGAGAAAUCAAAGCGGUGAUUUCUAUGAUCCUUUAAUGAAUCACAGUAUCUAUUGUAAUGAUGCAUCCCAUUACGAUGAGGAUUAUCAAAAUCAAAUGUGUGAUCAUGACGGCAACUCUGGCGAAUGUACCAACGAAUGCGGUAAUGAAUGCUCCAACGAAAACCACUGGGAUGAUAAUCAACAGUCAAGUUCACAGCACAAUUUGCAAUACGAAAAUUGUGGUGAACAGCAGCAACAUCAACAAUAUUAUCAACAGCAUCAGCAGCAGGAACUCUCACAGACACCGGAAAUAAUAAGUAAUAAAUCGUCAAAAGAAAUCUACAAGGACUUGGCCAAGGAGUGGGGAAUAACGUGUAAAAUGUCAGACGGAUGUCGUUGCAUGGAAUGUCAAAGUCAUUAUUUCGAUUGUGAAUAUGAUGAUAAUGAACAUCAGAAAACCGAUGGUGGUUUGGGGGCAGGAACACCGAUGUUUUUAACAGAAGUCAUGCAUGGUUCCGCCUGCAAUAUAUUGUAAAACAAAUGCAAACACCCACCCACACAGAAUAUUUAUUCUCACGUAAAUUUUUUGGAAGAAAUUUUUAUCUUCAAACACUGGCUAAAAUUACAAAAUGAUAGAAUCAUAUUUUUUAGCUUAAAAACUUAAUUAAAAACAAAAACAAUUAUAUAUAUUUAAAAAUAUAUUUAGAUAUGCACAAACUGGCAUAGAAUCAAGUAUUACAACAAAAAAAAUAGUUUCAAAUUUACAAAAAAGCAAAAAAGUUUAAAUUAACAAAAAAAAAUAAAAAAAUAAAACGUUUUCAAAAUCCCAAUUUUUCGUGAUUUUAAAAAGAUAACAUUUUUAAAUAAAAAAAUUGGCUCUAGAUUUUUUUGUGCCAAAAAAUAUAAAAAUACGAUAAAAACUACUUUUUUAAAAAAAAUAUUAAAUACAACUUUCUCAGUUCAAUUUUAGUUUUUUAACUCAUGAUGAAUUAGUCUGAAAACAAAAAUAUAUUUGAUCCAGGUAUAACACAGUUUCAAAUAUCAAUUCUAGUAAGAAAAUAGAAAAAAAAUAUAUAGCACUAGUACUCGUACUGAAAUUUAAAUAUACCCUCGUAUUUGGAACCUUAAGACAAUGUUUAAAAUUAAACUAAAUAAAUUUUAAAUUUUCAUAUAACAAUUUUUCAAUAUUUUAAUUAAACAUUGUCUUUAGGUUUAGAUAAUGCUGAUUAUUAACAUUUUAAUAACUUUAAAACAAAUUUAGAAAUCCUUAAUUUAAUAAUAAACAUCCCAGCUGAUGAAGAGAACUGAUACUUUUAAUAGUUAAAAAACACUUUUUAAACUUUUGUUGAUUAAUUCAUACAUUAUUGUAAUUAAUUUUUUAAUUAAAUUCGUUUUUUUUUUUGUUACAUUUUAUUUGCUAUAAACAUAUAACUAAAUGUCAGAGUAGUUUUUAAAAACAAUUUUCAA